UAAACCUGACUAUUAACAUUGUUCCAAGAAACUGAAAGGUUUUUAUACAGCUGUCAAGACUCCCUGUGAACAAAACCAUCACAGAAGAAACGCACACGUUUUUUUUUUUUUUUAAACAUUUGAUUACAGGUGCAGUCCGCCGAUUCUCCGAAGUUUGGUGCUUUGUUAAUCGUAAGCACUGGAAAUGUGGUGGAUGCUUUUCCCCCGAUGGAUUUGGUUCUUUUUGGUGCAGUUAUUUGUCCUGCUACUGAACAGUAGUGUAGAGAGCAUGUCUUUGCAAAGAAUCGUGUAUUCCCACGCUGGGAUCUGUCCGAACGAAAUGAACCCUAACCUAUGGGUGGAUGCCAUGAGCACUUGUGUACGAGAAUGCGAAUCUGACCAGGAAUGCGAGACAUUUGAGAAGUGCUGUCCUAAUGUCUGUGGAAAUAAGAGUUGUGUGGCAGCCAGGUACAUGGAUGUCAAGGGGAAAAAAGGUCCUGUUGGAAUGCCUAAAGAAGCCACCUGCGCCCACUUUAUGUGCACUCAGCAGGGCUCCGAGUGUGACAUCUGGGAUGGCCAGCCGGUGUGCAAGUGCAGAGACAGAUGUGAAAGAGAACCAAGCUUCACCUGUGCCUCUGACGGCUUGACUUACUACAAUAAGUGUUACAUGGAUGCAGAAGCCUGCAACAAAGGAAUCAUGCUGACUGUCGUAACCUGCAGGUACCAUCUUACCUGGCCAAAUACAAGCCCGAUUCCUGUAGAGACCACUCGCCCCACUACUGCUGUUUUGGAGACUACAGUAAUUGAUGUUAUGCUGCCGGCACUGAUCACCAAACCUGUGCACCAGUCAGUUUAUGUUGGCGAAACUGUGAGUUUUCAUUGCGAUGUGGCUGGAAAACCCAAACCUGAUAUCACAUGGGAGAAACAAAUCGAUGGUAAAGAUAACAUCGUCAUGAGGCCUAACCGUGUCAUAGGCAACAUUGUGGUCACCAAUAUCGCCCAGCUUGUCAUCUAUAAUGUUCAGCAGCAAGACGCAGGCAUGUACACAUGCACUGCUAAAAACAUAGGUGGGCUUCUCCGAGCUGACUUCCCCAUGUCAGUGGUGAGUAAGGAGCUUUCUAAAAACAGCAACCCAAGAAACAUCACAAACUUCCCUGCUGAGGAGUGUCUCAAGAUGCCUGACAGUGAAGACUGCAGGGAAUUGAACACAAGCUGGUAUUAUGAUGCUAAGAAGAACAACUGUUUCACUUUUACCUAUGGCAACUGUAACAACAACACAAAUGAUUUUGAGACCUAUGAGUCCUGCAUGGUGUCCUGUGGGAGCGAGCUAGCCAACCCCUGUGGUCUACCGAGUCUUCAGGGUCAGUGUAAAGCCUAUGAGCCGAGAUGGGCUUACAGCAGCGUCUUGAAGCAGUGCCAUUCGUUUAUCUAUGGGGGCUGUGGGGGCAACGAGAACAAUUUUGAAAGCAAAGAGGCCUGUGAGGAAAUGUGCCCCUUUCCCAAGAACCAGUCAUGCAAAAUGUGCAAACCUCGGCAAAAGAUGGUGACAAGCUUCUGCAAGAGCGAUUUUGUCAUUCUAGGACGGAUGAUUGAACUGACUGAAGACCAGGACUCCGGACAUGCCCUGGUGACAGUGGAAGAGAUCCUGAAGGAUGAGAAAAUGGGGUUAAAGUUUUUCGGAAAGGAACCAUUGGAAAUCACCCUGUUAAACAUAGACUGGAAUUGCCCUUGCCCCAAUAUAACAACAGCGGACGGGCAGGUGAUUAUCAUGGGUGACGUCCACAAUGGCAUGGCGGUCUUGCAGCCAGACAGUUUUGUCGGGGUGUCCAGUGUGAGACGUGUAAGGAAACUCCGUGAAGUCAUUCACAAGAAGACCUGUGAAAUUUUAAAAGAGUUUCCAGCACUUCAGUAGUCAGCUUCCAGGUUCAAGUUGUAGACCACUUAAAGAUAAUCUGAUAGGGCCCCCCUCACAACCACCUACACAUAUAUAUACACACACACACACACACACACACACACACACACACACACACACACACACACACACACACACACACACACAGGCACACACAUACAGUAGAUGCCCCUAAUUAGCAACCUCUGGGUCCAGCAAAACGUUGUUAUUAAUACAAGGUUGUUAUAAAGUGAAAAGCCACAUUUUCAAGUGUAUCUAUAUGGAAAACAAUGUAUACUACAGUUAUAGAAAUAGCACACUGAAAUACAAGUCUUGGUUCCUUAAAGUGUUAAACACGAAAAAAACUAAUAUCAGAACAAACAACUAAUAUUACACAGAUGUGUAAAACAAAAAAAUAUAUACCCAGUGCUGUAUUGUACACAUAGUAAUACAACAACACACUAGCAAUAUACUUAAAAAUAGUAAACAAACUUGGUAUAUAGAACUUACAUUUAAUACAGAAGCAUAAUCUUAAAAUAAGUAGUUAUACAAUAUUGUUCGUUUUUUUUUUACGAUUCUCCACCUCCAGCUGUAAAUCACUCUCAAUUUUGCGUGCAGCUUCGUAGCCAAUUUGAAAAUGCGUCCUACAACAGAUUUUGAAAUGUCAAACUCUUCUGCUACCCGUACUUGUUUAGCAACAGGGUACACGUAGUGCCUCCAGAAUCUGAACUUGAUCAGCCAUAGAAAGGUCUACACGUUUUGAAGCCAUGAUGACAGACGACAAUCAGACUCAACAGCUGCGGUGUGAAAACAGAUACAUAAAUAGACGCCGCUAUGCGUGCGCGCGAUGUAUUCGUGUGCGGGCCGUAGCCAUAGAAAUUGUAAAAAAAAAAUUUUAAAUAAAUAAAUAAAUAAAUAGUCGUUUAGCGGCAGACAGUUGCUAAUAUCCAAAAUCCAUUAACAUUAAAGUCUAUGGGAUGGGAUAGGUUCCCAUGAAAGUUGUCUUUA